GACCUCAACUCUCACGUGGGUCCAGGUGGAUGCCAUGGCCUGGCUGAGGCCUUGGACGCCAGAUCCGAAGAUACCGGGUGUAGAGGAUGACAGUUAUGCAGCCUGCUUCUUUCAGAGGCUACAGGAAUUCAGGUCAGAGGGUCACCUGGUGGACCUGACCCUGUGUGCUGAAGGGAAGGAGAUCCCCUGUCAUCGCCUGGUCCUGUCUGCCUGCACCGACUACUUCCAUGCCAUGUUCCGUGGAGGCCAUCCUGAGAGUACAAGGGACAAAAUAGAGAUGUUAGGGUUGAACGGGGAGGCUCUAGAAUUGUUGGUGAACUAUGCCUACACAUCCAAUAUCAACAUCACCAUGGACAAUGUCCUGCCAAUAUUUGAAGCAGCCAACAUGCUACAGGUCAAACCUGUCGAGGAAGCCUGUGAGAAGUUCUUGAAGGACAAGUUAAGGUCUGACACGUGUUUGAGAACCUGGGCACUGGCAGACAAGCUGUCGUACACAUGUUUGUCUGCCAUGGCAAGAAGCUAUGCUCUGAAGAAGUUUGAAGCUGUAUGCCGGACUGAGCAGUUCCUCGAGCUACCUGUGGACUAUCUGAAGAUGUACAUAACAGAUGAUGGCCUUCACGUCAGGAAUGAGGAACGUGUAUUAGAGGCGAUCAUCCAUUGGGCACUGCACGAUCUUGAGGAACGACAAAGACAUCUUGGAGAGAUGUUGGCAUGUGUUCGUUUCUCACAUGUGAACCCGAGUUUAAUCAAGGAUGUUACUGAGACAGACCAGGUCCUGUCCGAAGUUCUUGGAAUAGAGGAGCUGACUAAGGAGGAUGGUAGACAUGCAAGACCUCGCCAGAUUCACCAAGAAGAAAUUAUAGUGCUUGGUGGUGCCACGGACAAGGGGGAGUCGAUGGGACGGUGUGAGGUAGAAGCAAACCUCUUCAUGUACAGACUUAAUCUCCACGGUGAUAUCAUUGACAAAAAGCCAAUGCCACGAUCCCUCAAACACACUGAGUCAAGUGCCGUCUGUGUUGUAAACAAUGACAUCAUUCUGACGGGGGGUGGCGUGUCUCCAUCUCAAGCUUACAGGUACAACUCUACCCAGAAUUCUUGGACCAAGCUGGCAUCUUUAAGAAAGAGAAGGGUGUGCCAUGGAAUGGCGGCUCUGCACGGGCAGGUGUACGUGGUUGGUGGGCAGGACCCGUUUGAUGAUGACAGGGAAGAACCGUUAUCUUCUGUUGAACUGUACACGGAGGAGACAGGAACCUGGAAAAAGGUAAAACGACUGAAAUUAGGUGUCAGGAACUUUGGCAUAGCAGCAUGUUGCAACAACAUCUACGUGUUUGGUGGUGAGCUUGAUUCUACAACUAUCCAGUGCUACAACCCCAGCCACAAUGAGUGGACGGUCAAGACGAUGGAAUUGCCAGAGCCAGCAAUAUGUGUUAGAGCGUGCCCAGUCAAUGCAAAGAUCUACUUGGUUGGUGGAAGCUUGUCCCGCGUCCUUCGCUACGAUCCACAGCUUGACAGCUACGAGAGGAUGAAGGCUGAACCACUGAAAUCAUGGGACCACAGCAGCGCCUUCGUGUGCGGCUCGGAGAUCUACAUCACUGGUGGCCUGAGCAAGUUGUUCCACCACUAUCUCACUGUGCCCCAUGCAAGGGUUCAGUGUUACGAUAUGAACAGUGAUACCAUGACCAUGGGUUUUGUAAAAGAUCUACCAAUUCCACUAUGCUCACACUAUGCUGUAAUCCUAUCAAAAUAGCUAAGCGGGCUUUUUAACAGCUGACCCAAGCAUAUGCUAUUAUGGUGCUGUAAACUUACACUGGAAGUGAAUUUGGGAAGCAAUUACAUUGUAUUAUGACUUAUCAUUGAGAACUAUUAGCGUUUCUAUAUUGCCAUAGACAUUGCAAUGCUGGCUUUAUUGUCUUACUAUGCUAUACUUGCCUGUAUGUAUAUGUCUGUACCACAAAAAGGUGUUUCUGUUUUAUGGCCCCUUUUGCUAUAGAUCAGACAUAGAUUUGUUUACACUAAUAAGGGAUUGUGUUUGUCAUUGCUUUGGAUAUAAGUUAUGUAUGAUAACUUACUAAUACUGUUAUUGUUAGCUUACCUUACCUUACUGUUAUUGUUACUUGUAUUGCCUGAUCAUGCCUGAGAUGGCUUUUUAGCUCAUCCUAUGAUCUUAAGAUAAAGAUUAAAGGUAGUGGAGACCUUGUAUAUGAUAGAUGUUUUGGUAUUUUUCUCUGAAUACAUCUACA